CUCAACUGUCAUGUCAGGCGGUUUAUUAGUUCGACUUCUUCGUUUCCUUUUGCGAGGAAAUUACAUACCUACAUUACAUUUGUGCCACAAAAUAGUUACACUCGGAAGAUAUUAGUUAAAUUCGUAUAUUAAAGUUUGGAAUAUUAUGAACAACGAGUUCACCGUAACUUUUUAUUCACGAUUUUAUUAGCAACAAAUAAUUUGUGUCCACUGUCGGUGUUGUAUUAUGUUCAUGAAAACAAUUUUCCGUUCUGUUUAUUAUUUACAAAUACGUUUUCUGAAUAAUGUGAAGCUUAUAUUGUACGUCACACGCGACUGACCACUGAAAUCGCACAGUUUACAUUGAAAAUUCUAUCAAAAUGCGUGUGUAUAUGAAGAGACUUAUUCUGAUUGUGAUUGUAUGUGGAUUAUUAUGGAUAAUAAUGCCGUAUUCGCAAAGAAUAGAGAUUCCUUCGAUGUCGAAGUCAAGCGACCUGCAAAACAUGGAGAAGAGGAUAGAUAUUUUAAAAUUGGAAUUAAGUAAUCAAAUGGAUAAAAGCAAAGUUUUGCUUGAAAAGGUCGCGGAGUUGAAAGAGGCUUUGGACUCAAAGAGAGUUAAUUUGAAGGGUAAAGGAGAUGGGAAAACUUUGGAUACAGCCAGGAACUUGGUACUGCCAAUACUGGUGAUCGCCUGCGACCGGGUCACAGUCUCGAGGUGUCUCGAGAACUUGGUGAAGUACAGACCGGACAAACGGAUGUUUCCUAUUAUAGUCAGUCAGGAUUGCGGUCACAACGCGACUUACAGGGUCAUAAAGUCGUUCACCGACUCUGACCCCUCCAUAACGGUGGUCAGACAGCCUGACCAGUCGGCAAUAGCGCUGCCGAAGACGAAGGUCAAGUUCGCCGGCUACUACAAGAUAGCGAGGCACUUCAAGUUCGCGCUUGACCACGUUUUGCAUACCCUGGGUCACGACGCUGUCAUCAUUGUUGAAGACGAUCUGGACAUCUCACAAGACUUCUAUGAAUACUUCCUGGGUACCUAUCCGUUGCUGUUGGAAGAUGAUAGUCUAUGGUGCAUAUCGGCGUGGAACGACAACGGCAAAAGAGACGUCAUCGACUUAUCCGCACCGGAGCUGCUACACAGAACGGACUUCUUCCCGGGACUAGGCUGGAUGAUCAUGAGGCACACGUGGACAAAAUUAGCUGAAGAAUGGCCACCAGCGUUCUUCGACGACUGGCUUCGUAACCCGAUGAACACGGACGGUAAGGCGUGCAUCAGACCGGAGAUAUCCAGGACGCAUACAUUUGGCAAGAUAGGCGUAAGCAAAGGUCUCUUCUACGAAAAUCAUUUGAAGAGUAUGCACCUCAAUACAAAGUAUGUGGAGUUCACUAAACUGGACCUCUCGUAUUUGCUCAAGAAAUUCUACGACCCUGCGCUAGAAGAAACCGUAUCAUCACUCCCGGUGACCACGGCGGAUCAGCUGGAGGCGAUGCCGCGCGGCUCCGACGCCGUCAAGCUGACGUACUCCAACGCCAGGAGCUUCCAGCACCAGGCCAGGGUGCUGGGCCUGAUGGACGAUUUCAGGAGUGGCGUACCGCGAACAGCUUACCGCGGUAUUGUCACGUGCAUGUACCGCGGUAGACGAGUCUACCUCGUGCCCAGUUUCCCGUGGGAGAAAUAUGACCCAUCGUGGGGCUAGCGAUUGAGAAAGAUGAUAGUUCCGUGAAGAAAGUGAUGUAAAGUGAAAAAAAAAGUGAUGUGAAGUGAAAAACCUUUAAAAAACAAAGAAAGAGUGUUGUGAAAUAUUAAAUGAUAUUUCAAAUAUAAAAAUGAUAUAAUUUACUAGAAAAAAUUAAAUAAAUAAAUAAAUGGUGUAAAUACGACAUUAGCUCCUACUAACGUGUACAGUGAUGAAAUUAAAAAAUUAAUAUAAAAUGAAUUAAUAAAAGUGGCAAAGUGAUAUUGAUAAGCAACUAACUCUGGUUUCUACAAUAUAAUAUGAUGGAUUAUAGUUAAAUUGAAAAUUUGCUGGAGGGAACCAAAGGUAUUAAAAUUUGCCAAUAAGAGAAGGAUAUGCAUGUUUCCCUAACAUUCAGAUUUUUCAUUAAAAUUAAUAAAACCAUUUCAUAUUAUACGUAUAGAAUAAUUGAUAAGGUAUAUAUAAUUGUAAAAACUGCCACUAUACUAAAAGGGAAAAAUGUGUAUAGCCUUGAACCAAAAAUAUGUUAGAUAAUCUUCCUUUACUUUAAAAAAAAAUAUUUUCAAUAAAGUCUGAUAUAAUUGUAUAUAAAAAUUGUAUGUGUGAAAUGUAAUGUAGUAUUACACACAUAAAGCAAUACUAUUUUAAUCUAUAUAAAACCUUUUUUGAGUGAGUGACUGACAGACAACGCACAGUCCCAACAGCUGGGUUUAGAAAUUUGAAAUUUGUCAUGUAGGUUUCUUAUAAUGGUCUAAGUUUCCAAUAAAAGAGGGUGUCCCGAAAUUCCCGCGGGAACGGCAAAUAACGGGACUUUUCCAAACGCGGGUGGAGCUGCGGGCUACUCCAAUUCCUUUUAAUUAAAUUUUUAAAAUAUUUCAAUGUGUUUGGCUACCAAUUACAUACAUAUAGUCACGUCUAUAUCCCUUGCGGGGUAGACAGGACCAACAGUCCUGAAGAGACUGACAGGCCACGUUCAGCUGUUUUAUGAUACAAUUGAGAUUCAAAUAGUGACAGGUUGCUGGCCCAUCGCCUAAAAUAAGAAUCCCAAGUUAAAAAGCCUAUAUCCCUUGGCUACCAAUUUGCUGUAAAUAUUACAUUAUUAAGAGCCAGCACAGGGUUUCCUAGCAAUAAAUAAGUUUACACCUUGUCCCAUUCGUAUUUCGGCCCUUUACCAUUUCGUUCAAUUUCGUAAAAAAUAGAAAACAAAAUAUUUUUUUCCUUCAAAAUGGUGAUCACAUUUUAAUGCAUCGUCCAAGUGCUAUUUUCAUUAGUUUUUAUAUUAGGUCUUUAUAACAUUUUAUGUCAGCUUGUCCUCAAGAUAUAUGGACGUAUGUAUGACGGUUUGAUUCAUUUUCUUCUUCCUGACGUAAGUCCCAGUAACGUCCUCAUCUCUAGAGAGGAGCCUGGGCUGCGCGCCUUGUGACCAUGGUAAGGCAGGUUUUUCUAAUCUGUUGCCACCUUUGCAUGCGAACCUAACCCAUAUUGGAUCAUUGUAAUGUCUGCACUAGAUCAAUUUGUGCCUAUGCCUUUAUAAGUUUAUAUUUAUAUACUAAUUACUAUGUAUGUUGCAUCUCAUCUCUUUUAUGGCUCAAAAUAGGUAAGGAGUUUGUAAAUAGUUCCGAAUAGCUAAAAUAAGGCAUAUUUGUAAUUAUAUUGUCAAACGGGACAUAUCUUAUAUUUUGUGAAAUUCUCCUAAAGAUAUUAAUAUAUUGUUAAAAGUAAUAAUUUAAUUUGUAAGUUUAAUAUACUGUGAUGUACAUUUUUACGACAGGAAUUUCUUAUAUGUACUUUUGAAAAAUCAAGAUUUAUAUCUUGAAGCUUAUUUAUCUUAAUUUUACCUUUAAGUUUAAACCUAUGUACUUUUGUUUCUUAUGUUUAUGAUUCUCGAUGUUUUCUGUAAACAUAAGUAAGUAAAUUAAAAUAAGAACGAUUAGCACACUAUCAAAGUUAAUUAUAAUUUGAAUCAUAUUUUUUUUUUUGGUAGAAUUACAUCACAUUUCUUUCACCCUCGCCUCACAUAUAUACAAAAAGUCACGGAGAUCGGUACAGUGGUUUAACUAUGAAAAGGUAAAAAAGAAACAAAUUUACUUCCGCAUUUAUAUUAUUUGGGAUUCAAGAUGUUCUUCGUUUGGUAUUGCCAUUUAUUCCUUAAAGUAAAUUUGAUAAAAUUGGGGUUCGUCAUAUUGGCUGUUACAGAUUGAUUUAUAACCAAAUUGGUUAUUGAUAAAUCUUGUAAUUAAUUACUUACUUGUGUGCAAUUUAACCAAAAAGUAACAAUUUAAAAUAAAAGGAAAAUACCAGAGUCCUUAUAAACAUGGAAUCCCAUGAGUUCAAUUAUUAACUUUUUAAGAGUUUUAUUUUAUUCCCUAAAAAUAAACACUUAAUUUCGUGGUUUUCAUUUAUAUUUGAGUAGUUAUUAAGUUACCAGUUUUUAUUUAUUGUUUAGUAGGUAAUUGUAUACAGUCCUAAAUUUGUUAAGUCCAAUUUUAAAAUUAUACUGUAUAAGACUGUGAUUUGCAUUGUAUAUAGAAAGAUACAUGUAAAUAGGCUAUGUUAUGAUUUAAUAUAAAAUAUUGUUUUA